ACUUUUGUAAAUUGUAUUCAAACCUUAGAAUUUAUUAAAAUUCGAAGAGUAAAGUUUAAAACUUAUAAAAAAUGAAUUCCUUUGUUAAAAUCUUAAAUUUGAGUUUAAGUAUGAUCAUUUUGAAUGGUCUUUUAAACGUUGAAGCACAAAGUGGCACCAGCGUUAUUUUGGGUAGCAAACAUUAUUAUAUUGAGACCACGGAACAAGUAGGGUUUUAUGAGGCAGCCAAUAACUGUGCUCAAUUGGGCAUGUCAUUGGCAUCGCUCGAUGCAAAUACUGAUGAACGUAAAAGAGUUUACUCUUUUCUCACUAUAAAUGAGAUUUUGGAUAGCAAAUAUUGGUUAUCGGGAAUUAAGACAGGAUCAACAAGUUAUACCUGGUUGGGCACUGGAAAACCAUUAAAAGCAGCUCCAACUGGCACAGCUGGAGAUUGUGUUGCAACAACCGCUACAUUUGAGAAUGAUGGACAGGAUUGCACAACAUCACACUAUUAUAUAUGCGAAAAACCUAUAGAACCUCCUUGCGGUAAAUAUGGUCAAUGUCGUUACAGUUUCAGUUCGUAUAACUCUUAAAAUGUUUCAAAAUUUUAAUAAAUAAAUAAAACAGCAUUAAAAAUAAUAAAAA